AUGCAAAGUUUUAAUAAUUUAAUUGUUUUUAUUUUUUUAAUUUUUUUUUCAAUUUUAUUUUUGUUUUCAUUUCUUUCAACAAAUAAUUCUUACUAUGACAGUAGUGUCUUAAGCAGAUUAAAGAAAUAUGAUUUGUUAAAUCAACUUGAUUUGCUAGAACUAGAGGUUGCUGAAGAGAAAGCGGAAUUGGAAAAGUUAACAAUGAUAGUUUCAAAAUUUGAAAAAGAAUUAAAUUCUAUUAAUUAUGAAAAAGUUCAAAAUUCUACUGUAAUACCUGUUGUGGUAUUAGUUUGUAAUCGUGUAGAAGCUUUAAAAUCUUUAAUUUCAAAACUAUUAAAAAUUAGACCAUCAAUAGAAACUUUUCCAAUAUAUGUUUCUCAAGAUUGCAAUAGUCCUGACAUAUUAGAAAUGAUUAAGAAUUUUUAUAUUAAAAAUAUUACAUAUAUAAAACAUACUAGUCCAUUAGAAAAUAAUAAUGUUGUUAUUCCACAGAAUAUGCUUAGAUAUAAAUCUUACUAUUACAUUUCACGGCACUAUAAACUUAUACUUCAACAUAUUUUUGACCAAUUAAAUUAUGAGGCAGCAAUACUUUUAGAAGAUGACUUAGAUGUUUCUGAUGAUAUUUUUUCAUACUUCAAUGCAACAUACCAUAAAUUGUUAAUUUCAGACAAAUCAUUAUAUUGCAUUUCAGCAUGGAAUGAUAAUGGUUUACCGGAAUUAAUUGACUUAAAGGAUAAUGUUGGUUUAUAUAGGACAGAUUUCUUUCCUGGACUUGGAUGGUUAUUAACAAAAAAUUUGUGGAUGGAAUUAGGAAAUCGUUGGCCAGAUGGCUUUUGGGAUGACUGGAUUAGGAAACCUGAACAACGUAAAGAUAGAAUGUGUAUUAGACCAGAAAUUUCAAGAACAAGCAUGACUAAAUUUGGAGCAGAAGGUGCUAGUAAAGGAUAUUUUUUUAGAAAUUUUUUGAGUCGUAUAAAAUUAAAUGAUAUUAGUGUUGAUUUCAGCAAUUUAGAUUUAUCAUAUUUAACAGAAAAAAAUUAUGAAAAGUAUUAUAUGAAUAUUGUUUAUAAUAAAUCAAAAUUAAUUUCAUUUAACAAUCUUAAAACUUACUUAAAUCAAUCAAAUAUUAUAAAAAAAAAAAACAUUUUUAGGGUAGAAUAUUCAACAUUUAAUGAAUAUGAAGAGAUAGCAAAAUUUUUAGAAAUGAUGAGAGAUUUUAAGGAAGGUGUUGAAAGGACAGCUUAUAAAGGAAUUGUUACUGUUUUUAAAAAUGAAACAAGAAUAUUUGUUGCACCAAAACAAAAUGAAUGGAAAGGAUAUGAUAGAAAAUGGGAAUUUAUACCAUAA